UGUUUAUUGUCUGGAUACCUACGGAAGGCGAGUUAAGCGAAGUUUACCUAGUGCACUAUUAUCAGAAAUAUUUGACAAAACUAAAUCUUCCAAGUAGAUCACACAAAAAAAUAUCAAUCACAAAUACCUGAAACGUGGAAAACUGUUAAGAUAAGAUUACAUUAUCGCUAGAUUAGUAUGAUGUCGAGUUCGUUUAUAAAGGGCUACGGGACUUUCCAAUCUAGUUUCGCCCAUGUAGUAACAAUGCUUCCAAUACUUGCUGUUUUGGUAGUAUUCUUUCUACUGGGGCACUCCGCGGCCGACCCCUCAGUGUGUGAUCUUUGUGUGUGCCGCUAUUCAAAAAACAAUGAAGACUUCGGAGACCAAGUAUACUGCUCCUAUCAAGAACAAAACAUACUCGAGAAGGAACUCACCCUCCCAAGCACAGUAUUCUCUUUAGAUCUAUCGUCCAGCAAUUUGACAAGAGUACACCAAUCAAAACUACUCCGAUCUGAAACACUCAUCGAGUUAUACUUGAGCAACAACGUUAUAUCAAUAAUCGAAAUAAAAUCAUUGCAAUUGCCAGAACUGAAGUUGUUAGAUUUAAGUAAUAAUAAUUUGGAAUCGAUAGACAAGGAAGCGUUCGCAUAUUUGAUAAAACUGGAAGCUCUGAACCUGGCGAACAACCGGUUCGCGUCAUUCAGUAAUUUAGGAUUUCAUCAUUUGAAGAAUUUGAACGAGAUUAUCCUCGAUUACAACGACUUAGGCCGGAGUUUGUUGGAGCACAAUAUAUUUGAUCGCAGCAGUUCGGGCCUGACAACUAGAGUGAGGAACAUCAGCAUCAGAUCUAUAAACCUGGAUCACGUUCCGGAGAACUUCUUCGCAGAAACAUACGACGUGAGAAGCUUGGUUGUGGCCGGGAAUCAUUUGAAGGAGAUCCCCGAACUGCCGUCUACCCUGGAGUACUUGGAUUUAUCGGAUAAUCCGAUUGAAGAGAUAAGUGAAGUGGACUUCGCCGACGUCCCUGGACUAAGAGAGUUGAGAUUAAACAACUUGUGGAUAAGUAAAGUUCCCGGUUUUACGUUUUCUCCUUUGCGGGGUUUAGUAACAUUGGAGCUUGAGAGAAAUAAGAAUUUGACUGUAUUUAGUAAAUGGGCAUUUGGUCUAGAAGCGUUGGAGGAUGCUGCAGACUUCACGUUGGAAAGCCUGUCGUUCAGUGGCUCGAGACUGUCGAGAUUGGACGAGGACCUGAUAGUGCCCUUCAGCCAGCUGAUUCAUCUGGACCUUCAAGGCAACCCUUGGGUGUGCGAUUGCGAUAUCACGUGGGUGAAGUCACUGCAGAUAGCGGAGAAAGAUUAUGAUCAUUUAAGAUGCGCCGAACCACGUGCACUGUUCAACGCAAGAAUAUUCGAUCUCCGGAAUAAGUACUUCAGAUGCGAAGCGCGAAGACAUCUAGUGGGCCUUCAGAUCGCCAUCGUAACAUUCUGCAUCACGUCAACAGCCAUAGUCCUAUGGCUUUUCGUAUUUUUGCCGAGAAAAAACUAUUUAAAACACUUCUAUAACCCAUAUAAGUAUACUGCCUUAACUUUACCUAAUAAUUAUUAAGACUGAGCAUUGAUAACAAUGUCGCCCUCGUUUGAAAUUAAAAAAAGAAAGUAAAGACGAUAAUUAGGAUUUUUCUCUUGAAUGAAUAUUAGUAGUAAGUAGAGUGCGUGCGUGAGUAUUAACUUUCUCAUUACAAGAUACUUUUAUCUCUACGACGCACCGUUUUAAAGAUAUUAGCGAAAAACACAAAAGUGGGAACUUAUCGUCUUUAUUUAAGGCUUGUUUCAGAAAUUGCAGACCUGUACGGUCCGCCCGCAUGCGGGACUUCACGGCAAGCGCCCGCAGAGAUCUGAGAUCUGUGUGAAUGGAAAUGUCUGAAAAAAAAAUGAAUGCAUGCCUGACAUGGCACAAAAUAUUCCAUUGCUGGUUUUAUCUUUUAUUUUUAUUUAUUUAUUUUAAUUAUUAAAAUUAUAGAGUAAUUAUGAUGUCAUAAUUUUGGUACUUAAAUUUAAAAUAAUUUAUUUUUAUCUAUAUGUAUAUGUUAAUAAUUUAUGAAAAUGAGAAGAAUAUAUUUUAUAAUAUUAUUUUUUUUUACUUUAUAACUAAAGUAAAUUACGAUGGCAGAAUUUAUUUGACAUUUAAAAAAGUUAAGGUAUAUAAUAUAAGGUUAGGUAGGUUAUAAAUAAAGUUAUAUAACAAAAUAUCUUCAUUCGCAAUAGUUAAUUAAUUAACAAAUUAUUGUGUCAUAAUGAGAAGACAGUUAUGGUUAGUUACUAUUAGUUCUAGCUACUAUUAUCUUAUUUGUAGAUAGGUUACUAACAAUGUUGUUUUGAUUUACAUUUUGAAUGUGUGUAAUAUGUUUGACACCUAUUGAUAUUGUUUUUAUUUGGAAAGUACCAAAAUUAUGAUAUCAUAAUUCCUCUAGAAUUUUAAUAAUUGAUUUUGCAUUGAAAAUUAAAUUUUAUUCUAUGUCUCUGGCGUGUCAUUUUGCGAAAGAGACGUUUUACGACAAGAAGACGUUUUGCGAAAGAGACGUUUUGCGCCUGAGCCGUGAUAACGGCUGUCACAACAACGUCUACGUUAUUUUAAUGGCCAACGAUGCUUUGUUUUUUUUAUAUAAAAUAAGUAUACACUGCGGGCGCUUCCCGCGCACGUCCCUCGUAUACGGACAGACCUUAUGAAUUAUUUGUUGACAAAUAAAUGUGAAACCAGCUUUAUAAUUUUAAACGAGGGUGACGUUGUUGUCAAUGUCGCAGCCUUAAAAUUUAGGUUUAAGUAGGUUUAUACUGUGAUAAAUUUUUGAACAGUGCUUCCUACAGCACUUGUCUUUGCAAUUUUAUUAUUUCAAAUUAUAAGGGAAUGACGUAAUGAAGGUUUUUAAUCUUGAUUUCUAACCAGUGAUAUCGAUCAAUCAUUGUGGACGAUUUGCGGGUUUACAUUUCACUUCUUCAUCGAAUCGAUUCGAAAUUCGUAAGACCCAGCGAACCAAUCACAUUUUAUGUAGUGUGGUUAUCGCUGCGUCACAAUGUACAUGUCACGACUAACCUCUCUGAUCUCUAUCUGUAUACAAAAAUAUACUUAUAUAGGAGUAGGUAAAUGUAAAUAAUAAUAAAUAAAAGAAAUUUAAAUAUUUAAAGAAGAAACUAUUACUAUAUUUAUUGAUUAUAUGAAUACCGAAGAAGUGGUGGCGCUCUCAUUUAUUAAUAAGAUGUUAGUUUUAGAUUUAUGUUUUAGAUUUCGAUCAAGAAAUCUAAAACGCAUAUAUUUCUUUUCUACUCUUUGUUUUCGAUCAAAUAAAUUUGAAAUCACCUUAUCCAAUGACAUUGUUUAAAUCUGUCAUAUCUGUAAGUAUUUUUAAGUAUACAUAUUCCUAUAUGUGUUUUUUUUUUUCGAGGAGCAAUAUAUUAGUUAAAAUCAGUCUCCCAAGUCUCCAUAAGAUAACAUUCUAUCUAAGAUAUAACGUUGAUUAGUUUAGGUUAUUUUGAUUUUAUUUUAUAUAUAUGAUUUCAAAUAAAAGACUUUUUUAUAUAAUC